GUUUUCAGUUGAGAUCUUCUUAUUCUUAAUUCUGAGGGGAAGAUAACAGAGAAACGGCUGUCAUUUGUUGACGGCUUCCAACCGCUCCCUGCUUGGUCUUUAGAACUUCAGACCAUGUCGAGGUUUUUUGGGGCUCUCUCCCUCUCUUUCAUGCUCGCGUGCUUCAAUUAGUGGCCGGCCAUCCGCCAUGGCCGACUGAUUGACCUUGAAUUGGUUGUUUUGAUUCGAAAGGUCGAAUCUUUGGUAAUUUUUGAUUCCAAAGAUCGAAUCUUUGACCAUUUCUUAUCUUUCUCUUAAGCUCUUGGGCUUCAGGGUGUGGCAUUUUGCUUGGUUUCUAGCGGAUUUCUUCGUUAGGGUUUGGAGACUGGGGGGAAGAAUUCUUGGUUGUGGAUUCCUUGAUUGUUUCCUUCGAUGGAUUCUUUCGCAUCGGGGAUUCUAUUGAUUGGAGAAUUCAAGGAUCUGGCUUGUUGGUUGAGGUUUUAUUCUGUUUAUAAAGAGGAGCGGAUUGUUCGGCGAAGCAUUGGCAGGAGGCAGUGAGGAAGGUACUUCGAAUCCAUAUAGUGGCUAGGAUGGAUAAAGGAGUCGAUCAGAAGAGAGUGGUAUCUGGUGGCUGCCUCUUCCGUAGAUUGAUUCGGAAGCAAGCGGCAGAAGAUGCUUCUUUGAAUGCAGAUAAGGCUUGGUCGAGCUCGAAAGGACGGAUUUUGGAAACAUCACAGGAGGAAAUGGUUUUGACUAAAGCUAUCGAUGAAGACACGUCGGUGAGUCCAGAGAAGUAUGUUAGAGAUACCAGUGCUUUGUUAAGCUUGCAGCCAUGGAUUUUCAAGAAGGUGAUGAUUGAAAAGAAUGGUGAAAUGGGUGAUAUUAGUGGAUGUGCUGCAAAUGGGUCUGCAAAUGCCUUGCAACCUCAGCUUUCUCCAAGGAGUAUUGGUCUUGGAUACAAGCACUGCAGAAAUAGAAGCUCUCUCAAAAGUAGGCGGUCUCAAAGAUACCGUCUUAUACCCCUAACGUCGACAGAGGAUUGCCUUAUACCUCAACUUUAUCAAGAACAUCUAGAAGUUGAAGAAUAUAUUUUUACAUCGAUGUCAUCGUCUCCUGCAUCAUCCAAGAGGCCAUUCUUUGUAACUGAUGGGGACAGAGUGAUCAGCAAGUCAGGCUAUGAUUCUUCAAGCAUACAACCUGGAAAUGGAUUGCUUAAGAAUGCUGAAGAGGUGUGCUGUGGCAUACUAUCAGAGGAUGGGCCGCGCAAGGACAACCAUGGGGGCAUCAGCUUGGGUAUGGGGAGAACUGUGGUUGGAGUUCCUCCUCUUCUGGAAUCAAGAAGACAGAAAAGAAAGAGCUGGAAGAUGCGGUUGGAAAAAUUGGGGGCUGCUCAUUUACAAAAAUCUCACAGACUUUCGCAUUCACAAGGUUCUUUUGAUGGAGUUCUUUUUUGUCUUGGAAUCAGUAUUGGUAUAGCAUUUGCUAUCCUCUCAAAUAAAACAGAAAUAGAGAAGUUAAACAGCAUAUUGGAACACACUAAAGACUUGGUUCAAGAUUUACAGGAGGAGCUGGAUAUGAAAGAUUCGCUAACUGUGAAGGAACUUUCUAAUGAAGGUUGUCAGAACCAAGAAGUUAACUGUUAUUCUGAAAUAGAAGAAUCUGUUGGCUCAUUCCAGAAUCAAUAUCCAGCAUUUCAUCUUGCUCCACAGGAAAGAGAUGGACAUGACUGCCCUCAUUUUCCUGUGGCUGCGGGGAAUUCAGAAUCACUGAGUAAAAUUGAAGCAGAACUUGAAGCUGAACUCGAGAUAUUGGAACAGAACAUGAAAGCUAGCAGUCUGGAGAGAAGGAAGUCUGAUCUUAGUGAGCUCGAUCCAGAUCUUAUAGGAGAUGUUGUUCAUGGGGAAUUAGGAGCAGAUAUUCCUGACUCCACAUCUCAAAAUGGUCAGGCUCAUGCAACCAGCAGCAGCAUCUCAACACCUCAAGCUCAUACAGAUCUUCCAGUUUCACCUAAGGAACUCAGUUUACGCCUCCAUGAAGUGAUCCAAUUCAGGCUAGAGGAACGAAUCAAAGAACUAGAAAGAGCACUUCAACAAAGCCAGAGACAGCUCCAGAUAAUGGAAACUGGGGUGUGCUCUCGAAGGACCAUGUCAGACAGUGAUGUGGGAUCUCCUUCCGACCUUGAAAGUCCAACUCUGAUAGAACUGGAUGGUGCUUUGGUUCAUCCGCUGUGCCUAAAUCUAUCUGGAGAUGCAUUAGGUGCAUAUGAAGAAGCUUAUGAAGAGUUCAUGUGCAUAGCUGAGGAGGAUGACAACCUGCCAUCAUCCACUGCUAGAGUUGAACAAAUUGAUCAGAACAGGUUGUGCCCUCCUGAUCAGAGUCUGAUUUGUGGUCAUGAAAGGGAAGAGGCUAAAAAGUUAUCAGAAUUUAUUAAUUAUUUUGAGAAGGAGCGAGCACAGGAGAAGAUAUUGAAGAGGAGAGGAUCAAAUCAUGCUGUUGGAAGUGAUGGAGAAGAUAGAGAUGAUAUUUUUGACCAAGAGGAAGAGAUACUGAUCCAACAAAUUGUGGAGAAAAAGAGACAAGGUUCUUCUGGUUUAAUAAAUGCACAAAGAAUGCUCAUUUUACUGGAUGACUAACUAUUCUUUGCAUGGGUUAAAACUGGAUGGAUAGCUCAGUAAAAAAUGUAUAUAUAUAUAUAUUAUCAUUCAUCUUGUAUUUGUUUCUCUUUAUUCGAAAAACUAAUAUAACUUUUUUUGACUUCGGGUGAGCCAUAAGGCUCUUAUAUGGUCACAACUAGUGCUCUCAAAAUCUCUCAUUAAUUGAUAUUUGAACUUCAGGGAAUUUCUCUCUCCACCUCCAGCAAAAUUUAGUGCCUGUCUUCAGGAAAUCUCUCUCCGUCUCCAGUAAAAUUCAGUGCCUUUCAAUUUCUUUUUUUUUUUCGAUCACACGGUGCCUCUCAUAUCUUGCUAAAUUCACCAAUCUGCUACUCCAUGAAUGUGUAAAAAUUAACAAAAAGCAAGUCAUAUUUGGAAAUAUUUUUGAUUUAUCAUGUCUUGAGAAACAUGGUGGGAAUGACAACAUUAGUGAUGGAGAGAUGCCAACCAAGCAGAUCCUAAUUCGCUUGAUUUAUCAGUAAUGUACAAACAGCAACUCUUCUAAACCCCAGGAAAAGAAUAAGCAGCUGUGGACAACCAGCAAUUGACACUGCUAUUUGCUUGAUUUAUCAUCACUUUAUCACCUGGUUUUGACGCAUUCUGCUUUUGUGCAUGUCGUGGUGCAACUAUUACAAAAUAGAGCAAUCCAAGUUGCAAGUUUGGCUAAAAGAACGCUCCACAAUAUCUGGAAACAUGAAUGCACAUAAAUCUGAAAUGUUCCUGAAUGGUCAUUGCGCCAUUCCACAAACAACAGAAACAUGAGCUGGCGCCAGCAUUUUCCAUAUCCUGGUUGAAACUAGAAACAAAUUCUACAAGAGGGGGAAGAAACUGAGAGAUAUAUCACUGCAACAUAUAACGAGUUGGCCGGCCGCCUCAAGAAUAAAAAAACACCUUAAAAUGAUAUCUAGAACAAAUAUUCAAAGCACGUAUGUGCAUCUGCAGAUUAAGAUCAAGGUAACCCAUGAUUAAUUCCCUGUUCAGAUUUCUGCAACACUAAUUGAAGCAAAGAAAA